CGGGACAGGGCGGGCAGCACCGGGACCGGGUCCUCUGUUCGGCGCCGCCCUGCCUUGCCCCCCGAGAGGCGGGCGCUGCGUAACGCACCGCAACGCACCGCCGGCACCGGGCGGGCCGCACGUGGCGGCGGGCGGACCGGACCGGACCGGCGCGGCGCGGCGGCGCUCAAGCCGGGGCCGCCGGGCCCCGCCAUGCCGAUCGUGGAGAAGCUGAGGGAGGUGCUGAAGUCGGCCCGGCGGGAGGUGGGCGAGGAUGGUGAGCUGGGCCGGCUGCUGGCCGCCUCGGCCAAGAAGGUGCUGCUGCAGAAGAUCGAGUUCGAGCCCGCCAGCCGCGGCUUCUCCUGCCAGCUGGAGCUGCUGCGGGGGAAGUACGUGCUGCUCAACCCCCAGGCCGAGGCCGCCGGCCACCACCGCGGCCCUGAGGAGCGGCCGCCUGGCAAGCAGGGCAGCGGCCAUACCCCUGGGAGCCACGGGGAUGGGGUCCCUGUGCCUCAGAAGGUGCUCUUCCCUGCGGAGCGCCUCUCCAUGAAGUGGGAGCGGAUCUACCGGAUCGGCGCUGGGCUUCAAAACCUAGGGAACACCUGCUUCCUCAACUCUACGGUGCAGUGCCUGACCUACACGCCGCCGCUCGCCAACUAUCUGCUCUCCAAGGAGCACAGCCGCACCUGUCACCAAGGAGGCUUUUGCAUGAUGUGCGUUAUGCAGAACCACAUGAUCCAGGCUUUUGCCAACAGCGGCAACGCAAUAAAGCCAGUGUCCUUCAUCCGAGACCUCAAGAAGAUCGCCCAGCACUUACGCUUCGGCAACCAGGAGGAUGCACACGAGUUCCUGCGUUACACCAUUGAUGCCAUGCAGAAGGCCUGCCUGAAUGGCUGUACCAAGUUGGAUCGCCAGACCCAGGCCACGACGCUGGUUCACCAGAUCUUUGGCGGUUAUCUGCGGUCCCGUGUGAAGUGCUCAGUGUGCAAGGGUGUCUCGGACACCUAUGACCCUUACCUGGACCUGGCACUGGAGAUCAGGCAAGCCGCAGACAUAGUGCGUGCACUGGAGCUGUUUGUGAAGUCAGACUUGCUGGGUGGGGAGAACGCCUACAUGUGUGCCAAAUGCAAGAAGAAAGUGUCAGCCAGCAAACGCUUCACCAUCCACCGAGCUUCCAAUGUUCUCACGCUCUCGCUGAAGCGCUUUGCCAGCUUUGGUGGAGACAAAAUCACAAAGGACGUGGGGUACCCUGAGCUCUUGAACAUCCGCCCUUACAUGUCUCAGAGCAAUGGGGAUCCUGUCACGUAUGCGCUCUAUGCAGUGCUGGUGCACUCUGGGUACAGCUGUCAUGCAGGGCACUACUACUGCUACGUGAAGGCCAGCAAUGGGCAGUGGUAUCAAAUGAACGAUGACCUGGUCCGCUCCAGCAACAUCAAAGUGGUCCUCAACCAGCAGGCCUAUGUGCUGUUCUACCUGAGAAUGCCCAGCCCUAGCAAGAGCUCAGAGGGGCCCAUUGCCAAAGCUGCCUCCAGCCUGCCUGGCCACACUGGCAGCAUCUCUGAUCCGGUCAAGAAAACCAUGACCAAUGGGCCCCUGUCUUCACCAGUGGUGGGCAAGAGAACAGACACGCUGCCAGGGAAGAAGCUGCCAGGACCAGAGGAGGUUGGAGUCCCUGUGGCCCGUAGCACGUUCGAGACAGGGCUGAAGCUGCCAAAUGGAACUGCUCCACCGAAGCUGCCUGCUGGGUCCCCAUCACCCAAACUGCCCCUCAAAGCCACCCACACGGGCACAGCGCUGCCCAGCGAUGCAGCUGGGAGGCCCAAGAAGCAGCUCUCCUUCCCACAGCUGCCUCCUGUGCCCAGAGCAGUUCAGGGCUUCUGCGACACCAACAAUGCAAGUGGGGCCAAAGAAGAGCUGCCCCAGCAGAGCUCCUGCGAGAGCAAGCGGCCACCUACCUCACCCAAGCUGCUGCUGGAGCCCAGCCACAUCGAGGAGCCUGGACGCAGUGGGGACGAUGGUGGGACCCUGGAGAGGGACUCUUGUGGCAGCAGUGCUGCUAGCCCAGUGCACAGUGCAGUGGGGAAGAUGGCCAAAGCGUCCCAGAAGGUCAAGAGCAGAACCGACAGCUUCUGCACCUCUCAGGAAACAGACUCUGGCACAGACCUCCCUGCUGGCCCCAGCACCGAGCCAACUUCCCUUGAAGACUCCAAGUCGCCAAAAUUGAAAUCCUCCCCGUUGUCCAGCGCCACUCUGGAGCUGAGCAGUAUGAUGUCACCACCACCGGCCAAGAAGCUGGCACUCUCUGCCAAAAAGGGCAGCACCCCGCGGAAGGCGAGCGGAAGUGACCGCCACACACAACCUCACCCACAAUUUGCUGGCCACACCUACCCCACGAACACCACCCACCCUGACUCCACUCCCUGGCCUUUUGGCAAGUCGAGACUGUCCUCAUCUGCUCUCAAACUGCCAAAUCCUGAAAAGCCUGCCUGCAGCUUCAACCUCAACUCAGCUCCUCAGCCCUCAGCUUCCCUCCUGACCAACGGUUCCACUGCCCCCCCUUCGCACCACAUUACUCCCUGCAGCAGGGAGAAGGAGCCCAGCAAGGUUACCCCUGGCUCCUCCAAAAAGAAGCACCGAAAGCAGCAUCAUGGAGCAGAUGGCAGCCCUUGUGUUCCAGCUGUGAAGGGCAAGGAUGAUGUCUCCAGCCCUCCCAGGAAGAAUAAUCUUGCUCAGGAGGGCUCAGUGUCCCUCACAGGGAAGGAGGCGGCAGGUGAGUGUUCCAGAAGUGGCAGGGAGGUGCCAGACUGGCAGAACCUGGAGAGCAGUCCAAAGCAACAUGUGUCAGACCCCAGUACUUACCUGGACACGGAGCCCAUCUCCCCCCUCAAGAAGAAGAAGAAGAAGAAGAGGAGGAUGGAGGAGGCAGAAGAGCACUGCCCUAGGAUGCUGUCCUCGGGCAGCUCUAGGAGGGCUGAGAUGGAGCCCCAGAGGACAAAACAGCGUUGGAGCGUGGAGGCUGGGGCUGGAGAGAGUGAGCACCGCAAGCGCAAGCAGAGGGAAAGCCUCAGCAGCCCGGUGUUGGAGCUGCCAGCUGCCAACGGUAUCGAUGCCAUGGACAGUACCCCAGUGGCAGUGUGUGCCUGGGACAACCAGGCUGGAGAUGAGUACGGGUGCUGCCCAGCUGCCCUGAGCCCUGAGCUCAGCCAGGGAGCAAGCACAGCACCUGGGAGCCAGGAGGCGUCCAGUGUGGUGGAGGAGCUGCUCAGGAACUCCUUGGACAAGGCUUACGGCAAACAAGUCUUGACCUGGGAGGGUGAGAUCUCAGCUGUCAGCCAGGAUGCCAUUCAGGAUGCAGCGUGGGCCCGGAGUGAGACUGUCAUCGAUGAGUGGGAUGAGGAGUUUGACAGGGGGAAGGUGAAGAAGAUUAAAAAACUGAAGCGGGAGCGGAGGAGACGCUUCAAUCCCUUCCAGCAGCUGCAGAGCAAGCGCAACUUCUGGUCGGUGACGCAUCCUGCCAAGGUGGCCAGCCUGAGCUAUCGGCUCUGAGGUGGAGAUCUGUGUCUCCCAGCAGGGGGAGUGCUGUCCUGGGAACUGGUGGUGGACCCUGCUGCUGAGGGGGACUCCAGGCCUGCAUGGCUCCAGGGCCCCAGCCCUGAGGCUCAUGCCGUCAUUGGUGUCCCCUGCCUUCCCCUUCUAGAAGCUGCUCUCCCUGCAGGUCCCGGGCCCUCGGGCUGGGGCUGCUUCCCUCUGCCUUCCAGCUGAGGAGGAGCCUGGUGAGCUCCAACCUGGUCUGGGGUGAGGGGACACCCUCUCCCCUGCCUUGUCCAGGCUCCUCUGCCAGCUCCUCUGUGCCUCUGCCUGGGCCUGGAGCAGCCCCUUCUCCCACCCAGCCUGGAGUUCAAGGCUCCUAGAAAGUGCCUGCACAUCAUCCUUGCUGGUCUGGGUUAAUGUGCCCCCCACUGCACCCGUGGGGGGGGGAACACCAACCUGUGCUCCAGGGCUGGUGUUCCUCUCCUGGGGCCACGGCCCAGGACUGCUCUGCUCCCUCUUUCCCCUCUCCUGCCCCCCUCUGCCUCCCUGGCCGGUUCUGCCUCCCCCUGCCCGGCCAGGGCCGCACCCCCCCCACCCCCACCCCCCGCCCCGUACAAGUCGCAGUGGAACCGCUGGGCGCCCUGCUCCCCUCUGCCCCCGGAGCCGCGCUGGGCGCGGGAGCCGACGGCAGGAUCCCCGCGGGGACGGGGCGCUGCCGCCGGGACACCGGGCAAUAAACUCAUGGUGU